GUCGAAAACCAAUCCCUGGACACAAUUGAACUAAAAACGUCAUACAGGAAGGACUUGUUGCAACCAACAUUUUUCAUCGCAACGGACCUUUUUACGCAUCGUUCAACAUCUAGAGGCAAAUUGCUCGAUUCAAGUGAUAGGAGAUCUAGCUAGUUCCUCUUAGGUUCGCAUAUUUUAGUCCUUUAUCGGAAAAGGCAAAAUAGCACAUCUGAACAAAUAAGCAAUUGCCAUUUGAGAGCUUUUCGGAUACCCCCUUCUAAAGCUUGUGUCCUAUAUUCUUGAUACGCCUUGAUCAUGAAUGGACUCAAUCGUGGCACUAAGGACGGCUACGAGCAAGAAAUAUCGUCGAGCGACUCGUCUGACUUCAUCACAGAUGAUGAAAAGUCGCUCACUUCUCAACCGCAUCCGGCACAGGAAACAACUGGCACCAGAUCACAAAAUUCCACGGGCCAUCAAGAUGUUUUCCAGCAAUAUCUCGACGAGCCUCCACGAUGCUAUGAGAUUGAAGCGGAGGGGGCUAAUACGUGGGAGAUUUCUGGAAUUACAGAGCUCAAAGACGAGAAAUACGCUGGUCCAAGAUUCAAAGUUGGAGAGGAUUUUGAGUUCAACCUUCUGCUUAUGCCGCCAACCAGAAAGAACACUUCGGCCUACUCUGUGUAUCUGGAAGCGCAUCCCUUGAAGGCCAAGGAGGGUGAGAGUUGGCAUUGCUGUGUCCAGUUUGCCAUUGAUGCUUGGCUUCCCUCAGAACCCUCAGUUCACAAAGUUAAUAAUUCGUUUUAUCGCUUCAACCCCAGGAUCACCGACUGGGGAUUUGUUGGUCUUCUAAACAGCCGACAGGCAUCAGACGUGAAGAUGUUGAAGGCAAGCAGCCUCAAUAUCACAGCAUAUGUCAGAGUCAUCAAAGAUCAUACCGGAGUCUUGUGGCAUGACUUUCUUGAUUAUGAUUCCAAGAAAGAGACCGGCUACGUGGGAAUCACAAACCAGGGUGCAACCUGUUAUUUGAAUUCUUUACUUCAGUCCUAUUUCUUCACUAAAGUGUUUAGAAAGAAGGUCUACCAAAUCCCAACGCAGGACGAGAUCAGUUUCGGAUACAACUCUUUCCAGCAAUACCUUGAACAGCCCAAGAGUGUGUCAUUGUCACUUCAGAGAAUAUUUUACAGUCUACAGACAUCAGAUAAGCCUAUUGACACGCUCGAGCUCACUCAUUCUUUUGGUUGGAAUAGCGCAGACGCUUUUACUCAGCAUGACGUUCAAGAACUGAACCGUAUUCUGAUGGAUAGACUGGAGUCCAAGAUGAAGAAUACUGAAAUUGAAGGAUGCUUGAAUGAUAUUUUUGUGGGCAAAAUGAAAAGUUUCAUUCGUUGCAUCAACGUCGAUUACGAAAGUAGUCGUAUCGAAGAUUUCUGGGAUAUACAGCUGAAUGUGAAGAAUCUGAAAAACAUCAGAGAGUCAUUUGAAAAUUACAUUGAGCUGGAGCUUCUUAAUGGAGACAAUAAAUAUGAUGCCUCCGGAUAUGGUCUACAGGAUGCUGAGAAGGGUGUUGUGUUCGAAAGCUUUCCACCUGUUUUACAUCUACAGCUCAAGCGGUUUGAGUAUGAUUUUGAGUAUGAUCAGCUGGUCAAGAUAAACGACAAGUACGAGUUUUUUGACUCAAUCGACCUCAAACCUUACUUGGACAAAGACGCUCCUAACUAUGACGAAGACUGGGAAUACAAAUUGCAAGGGGUUUUGGUGCAUCAGGGUGAUGUUUCUGUGGGUCACUACUAUGCAAUGAUUAAGCCAACACCUAAAGAUGAGUGGUUUAGAUUUGAGGAUGAUAAGGUGUGGAGAGUGACUCCAUAUGAAGUUUUCGAAGGUAAUUUUGGUGCAGAUAGCCUGACUAUCGACCCUAGAAAACUUACCAGAGAGCAACAGCAGGAUUAUCAUCUCAAGAGGCACACUUCAGCCUAUAUGCUUGUCUAUAUUCGCAAGACAAAGUUUGAAGAAGUUUUAAGCGAGGUUACAGAUGCUGACGUUCCGUCUCACAUCUCCAAGCAAAUCAAGUAUGAGCAGGAGGAGUACGAGAGGCUACGCAAAGAGCAAGAAGAAAUGCACCUGUACGCAAACAUUAAGGUGUACACGAAUAAAGGCUUUUUGAAAUAUCAAGGUUUUGACCUUGGUCCAAACGAAGAAGAUAGGCUCAAUUUCUCACCAGACCUGUUUGAUCCUGAAUCCUUCUCUUUGAAAUUCCGUGUGCUAAAGUCAGAGCCUUUCUCAAAAGUUUACGACCUGGUGGCUCAAAAGCUUGGCUACAAUGUGGAUAAAACCAAGCAGUUUAGGUUUUGGAGCAUUGUAAAUCGCCAUAACUUUGCAUAUCGUCCAUACAUGCCAAUUCCGCGCCAUUUCGAUGAUCCUAAAAACAAAGACAUUACUGUGAACCAGGUUGUCAAAUACAAUGAAUCUUUAAUGUCGAAGAGAAGAAAGACAACGCAGAGUUCACAGUUGAUUUUAUUUUUGGAGGAGUCGUCAAGAGAACUAAAAUUUGUUUCAAAUGGUAUAUUUGAGCUUACCAAUAAACAGAAGAUUCCUGCCCCAUUCUUCAACUUGGAACCUUUUGAUGUUAAAUUCGAAAAGGCGGUGGAACUAGUCAGCUCAGAAUUUAGUCUGCCCAAAUUCGAGUCCGUGUCUGAUGGUUCAGACAAGAUCAUGUUGUUUAUCAAAUAUUUCGACCAAGACAAGCAAUCUGUUAAAGGAAUUACCCAUGCAAUUGUUCCUGUGGAAAACCAAGUUGAAUAUCUAACGGAGCUUUUGAACAAUUUGAUGGGUUUUGAUAUCUCGACUCCACUAAGAUUUUAUGAGGAAUUUGGACCUAACCAGAUUCAAUGGCUCAAUCCUUCGAAGAGCUUCUACAAGUCGGAGCUAGGAAAUGGUGAUAUCAUUUGUUUCACCAAGGCUGAUUCCGAAGUGAAUCCAAACCCUGAUCGGGAGCUGAAGACUGUUGAGGACAUCUACGACUUCAUGGCAAAUAGAUGCCAUUUCAAGAUUUCUCCACUAGUCAAGAUUGACGAGGAUGAAGAGGAGUACGUCAAGAUUGCUGAAGACAUGGACCCUAUUGACACGAAAUCUAGAUCAGACUCCUCGAAGUCGUCUUUGAAUAAGGAUUUUGAGCUGUGGUUUUCGACGAUGUCGACCUACCAGGCUCUAGCAGAGAAGAUUGGUGCUCAUAUCAGAGUUGAUCCUGACUAUUUGAGACUCUUCAUCUUGGGUCACUCCAAUCAGCGCAUCCCGUUGAAGAGAGAUACAGUUUUUAGAAGGCUUAUCGACAAGAUUCCAAAAUCCCAAACGCUAGAGAUCCAGUACGAAGUUCUGAAUGUUACUCUUGCAGAGUUUGAAGAAAUGAAACUUUGUCACGUUUCAUGGGUUGGCCAAGGUAUUUGCCGGGAGCAAAAACAUGAGUUUUUCCUUCCAAGAUCAAGCACUAUAGAUGACCUGAUCGAUAGGCUGCAAACGAAGGUUAACAUCAAGCCUCAGGAGCGUCAAAACAUCGUUUGUUGGGCACCUGACCGCCACGUUCGUUUGAGUGUCUACCCGACAGAAACAACAAUUGACUCAUUUGAUCAUUUGGUGAUUGGAAACUUCCCUAACUUCAAGCAAGUGUUGGAGCAUGGUUCCAAAACUUCGAAACUGGUGACAGGCUUUCAGUUUUUCGGUAAGGUCACUAACCCUCACGGCCUUCCAUUUAUUUUUGAUUUGAUCAAAGAUGAGCCUCUAUCGAAAACAAAGUCGAGGUUGCAUAAGUUACUUGGAUUGAGCGACAAAGAGUUCAACAGUGUUAGGUUCGGAAUUACGGACUUCAAAGAUGUGGAGUAUUUGGAUUCCGAGGACACGGAUUCCAUAGUUCUCUUUGACGUUUUAAAUUCUGCAGACAUUCAGAUUUGUGUUGACCACCCCGAUCGUUCUGUCCGAAAAGGGUCCGUGUUCGAGCCAUCUAUUUUUAUUAGGGAAUAAAUAUGUUACUAUUGCGCUUGUAUUGGUUAAUGCUGAGAAACUUGGCGUCUUUCAUAAUCUUUCUUUCGGAGCUGAGUGCUACUCAAUUUGUUUUGAAAUCCAUCGGCUUCGUCACCUCCUAAAGUUGCUAUCUGCACCACCUCCAGCUCAGGGAAGCCUUUUUCCUUCCUGACCUGAUUGACGUAUUGACCACCUUGCACACUUUCCGAGCUUAAAACGAGCGCAUCUAUAUCUUUAACGCUCGCAGUAGGUCCACAUAUAUCGUUGAUUUGAUGAAUUUCGAUCUGCAGUUUGGGUUCGAUCAGCUUGAUAAAUGUUUUAACGUUUUUCACCCUCGUCUCGUAGCUCUCCAGGCAUUCUGCGUAUUUCUUGUUUUUCAACAGUUCCGGACCAGUCACUCCUAUUAUAAGUAGUCUUGCUGUGACAAACACAGAGGCAGUUAAAAGCAUUUUAUGACCGCUGUGUAAAUGAUCAAAAGUGCCUCCUACAGCUGAAACCUGAUAUUGCUGAUAGGAUGAAUUCACCUUGGUGGAAAUAGCAGACUUUGUGGAGAUAUGCGGUUCCACAAGAUCCAAAUCAGAAUCAAGGACAUUGAUAGUUGGGUAAUCCAAGUUGCUCUCCGAUAAGUGAUACUUUAUCAAGGUACAGUCUGGUACAUGAGGAUCCUGGUACACGACGUUCACAUCCAAAUCCUCGUUAUAUCGAUAAACAAUUUCGUAUAUUUUUGGCAUGUAUUCAUUCAAUUGAUCCAAAGUUGCCGGUUUUUGUUCCAAUAGGGCAAACAAUCUGCCCCGGCAACGCUUUAAGGCCACAGAAAGUAUCUUUUCC